AUAAUUGGACGAGGCGAAUAAAAGAAAGAAUCCCAAGACUCUCUCUCUCCGCACCCAUUGACUCCUCCGACCUCUAUUUCUCCAUUCCUCUGCUCACCGCCACCAUCACCGCCACAACAUCCUCUCGAAGCUCAGAGCUGAUCUGUCGCCACCAUGACUCGCGGAAACCAGAGGGAGAAGGAUCGCGAGCGCGCUCAGUCUCGCACCGGCAAGGGUUCCAAAACCAAAGAAGACGGCUUGACCCCUGAACAGCGCCGCGAGAGGGAUGCGAAGGCUCUGCAAGAGAAGACGGCGAAGAAGGCUGCGCAGGCGUCGGGAGGAGGAGGGAAUACCUCCGGUGGAGGUAAAAGCGAAAACAAGAAAUAGAAUUUAGUGUUUCGAUGGGGUUAAUUUGUGAGUUUGUGGUGAUUGUUCUCUGGGUAAGUGUUUAUGUGGAUGAAUCUUCUGUGGUUUCAUGCCUAUGAAUUGUUAUUGAUGCUUUGAGAGACAUGAUUGUUGUGCGUUGUUUAAGGAAUUUAUUGUUGUUAUGUACUUCGAUUGGUAAUGUGAGAAUUACAAAUAAGUUUAAAUU